AUGGUGGAAGGAGAAGCCAAGUCCAUCAAGGAUGUGUUGAAAUUGAAGACUCCGCUGCUGGAGGUUAAAGAACACUUGUUGAAGGCCGAUGGUUUCCCCAGUUGUGGGAAGGGUUCUUUGGAUUGUGCUACAGAGAGUGGAGGUUGUAUGAAGUUGCAGCAGGGUAUUCAGGCCUUGCUUGACAAUGGUAUCCUCCAGGUUGAAGACUUAUCUGCCCGGGAGUCUAUUGAAGGGGUUGAUGAAGAGGUGUUUGAAGAUGCUGUUGAAGAAUUCACAAGUGUUGAUCCUGUUGAUUCUGUAAUUCAUAAUGAUGUAUUUAAUUUUUCUGAUGUUGUCGCUGAUAUCCCAAACAAUGUGUUUAAUUCUGAUUUAUUUGUUGAACUUGAUUCUGAUGUUUCGGACGUUUAUGUUUCAAUGAAUAAGAUUUCUGAUGAGGUAAUUGAUGAAGAACCUAGAGAUUAUAAUGAAGCUAUGAGGAGUCAGAACAAUACUAAAUGGAUGAAAGCCAUGGACGAUGAGAUGAAAUCUCUUCAUCAUAACCAUACACCGGAGCUGUCGAGUAACCUAUUACAUCUAGAUGACAUCCUCAGAGCAAGAAACAAUAUCGAGGAUGUAAUGAAGGUGAAGGUUGAACUCAAUAAGAAAUUCGACAUGAAGGAUCUGGGAGUUGCCACCAUGAUUCUUGAGAUUGACAUUCGGAGAGAUGGAAAGCAUUCAAUAUUAUGCUUAUCUCAAGAGACAUACUUGAAGAAGAUCCCCGAAAAAUUUGUUUGCACGAGGCUAGACAUAGCAUGCAGAGUGAGCCUUAUAAACAGGUAUAAGGCCAAUCCUGGGAAGGCACAUUGGCAAGCUUUGAAGUGGAUUCUGAGAUGCAUAAAAGGAUACAUGAGUAGGGUCCUAGUUUAUGGUGGAGCCACGAGUGAUGUUGAAGCCGAAGUCAAAAUACUUGUCAACUCGAACCAUGCGGGAUGUAUCGAUACCAUAAAAUCUCUUUAUGGAUAUGUUUUCAUUAUGUUUGAUACAUCAAUCAAUUGUAAAGCUUCUCUUUAG